AUGCCAAUGUCUGACUCUGCUGAGAUUGUUGUGGAAGAGUCUUCCCCAGGCCGACAACUUGAAACUGCUGAUGGACAAUUUAUUGAUGAUCAGCCAAGUGACGAAGUGGUGCGAGGGAAAAGUAUGUCGCCCAAUAUCUAUCAAGUCCCGCCAACCUUCUCCCUCCCGCCGCAAGAAACGCCCCGACCUGGGCUCCCCAGGGGGUGGGCCGCUGACAAAGAGGAUGCCGACCGACGCGCGCUGGAGAAGCAGGAGAGAAAGGAGCGGAGGAGAGCUGAGAAGGAUAGGCAGCGCGAGGAGAGACAGGAGGCAGCAGAGGAGUCAAGGCUAAGGGGAGAAGACCCUCCUCAGCCCUGCAAAUUCUGCAAGCAGAACCAUUGGUCGCAAGACUGCGACAGACCAACGGGAAAAACAGCCCCCCCAUCUUCACCGCCCGAAAUGCCAACCUCCAAACGAGGGCGAGCCGACACCCUCGGCUCCCCCCAAUUGCCGGUGAAGAAAAAGACAAAGAAGGCUUGGCUGCAGGAGACGAGCUCGAUUCGCGCUUCAUCUCCGGCAGCAAGAAGCGAGACGUCGGGAGGAGUGGCCCUGCCGAGUCGUGCCAAACCGAAGCCUAAGUCUAGGCUACGGCCCCCACACACACCGGUACAAGAGAGCAAGGUGGUGCCCACCCGCCGCAGUGAGAAAGGGGGAGGUACCGCCGCUCCAGCGGUAUCGGCCCUCGGAGAUGGUAGAUGGCUUUACCUAAAAAUGCCAUCUGAACUACGAGGAAAGCAGAAUGAACCAACCCUGAGACAAAUUACGGAGGGGUUGGAGGAAAUCAUGGAGCUCAAAAAUGUGGUGUCUGCAGAACCCCAUGACGCCAAAGGCUGGAUGGUGUACUGCCACUCUUCUGCCGUCGUGGAAGAAGCCAAGAACCGGAGCUUCCACAUCGGCUCAGCGAUCGUGCACGCCGUUGGGUAUCAUGCGGCGGGGGCCCCAAGUGUACAUGACGAACAAGAGUUCGCCAGGUGCCACAGAUUUUCAUCUCCUGGCUGCACAGAUAGCAGGGGUGAAGGACUUCAAGGGCCUAAAAUUCUGGGUGGGAUACCAGGAGUUUAG